AUGCCCGAGCCUUGCAGCUGGAGACGUGGUGGCGUGCAGCGCGGGCAUCAGCGCGGCAGAGAAGUGCGGGCAAUGGCCGCAGGCGCCUACGCGGCAGCCAGCUGCGUGCUCUGGCGCGAAGCCGUGUGGCUGGUGGCGAAGCCGAAGUCUGAGGUGGCCAUCACGGCGUGCCAGAGGUGCAGCCAAUGGCAAGAGGCGCUGAGUCUCAGGAGGACGUCUGUGCUGGCCUACAAUAGCUGCAUAGCUGCCGCUCAGCAGGGCCAUCAGUGGCCGGCCGCCUGGUGGCUGUUGAAGCAGAUCUGGCAGGUGAGCUUGGAGCCCACCGCCGCCAGCGUCACCGCCAUCUCCGGGCGCUAUGGAGCCUGGCGCUCCGCCGCAAAAAUGCUGGACCUCGAGGUGAGUCUCAACACCGUGGCGUUCAACAGCAUCCUUAGCUGCUGCGCUGACGCCACGCUGCCAUCUCUUUCAGUGGAGCUCUUGCGCUCCAUGCGCAAGAGGAGCUUGGCAGCCAACGUCAUCAGCUACAACAUUGCCAUCCGUGCAUGUGAGAAGUCGGGCGCAUGGCAACUUGCGCUUCAUCUAUUGACAGAGAUGACCAGAUCCCAACUCUUGCCGGACUUGGUGAGCGUCAACAGCGCCAUCAGCGCCUGCGACGCGGCGGCGAAUUGGCAACUCGCCCUGCGCCUGCUGCACUCAGCGCGAGGCCUCCAACCGGACGCCAUCAGCCUCGGCGCGGCGGUGAGUGCGGCCGCGGGGGCGAAGCAGUGGCGCGCGGCGCUGGGCCUCUUGGUGGGCCAGGUGCCGAAUUUGAUCACCUCCAACAGCGCCGCUUCGGGUCUGGAGAGCGGCCAGUGGCAGCUGGCUUUGAGGAUCUUGGAGCUGGAGACCCCGGACCUCGUCACCUUCAACUGCGUCCUGCGAUCGCUGGGCCAGCAUUGGCGCAUGUCGCUGCGGCUGCUGCAGCAGAUGCAGCAGGCAGACAUGGCAGACCUGGUCAGCUUCAACGCGGCCGCUUUGUCCUGUGAGCGUUUCAGCCAGUCGCGAAGGCUCCGCCACAUGCUGCAGCACGUGGCACAAAGCCUGCAGUCAGUUCUGCAGUGGGGCUAG